AUGCUGUCGCGGCGAUUCCUCACUGUGCCCGUUCUGGGCGAAGCCGAGCUCCUUGUCGCACUCGACGAGCUUCAAGUGGCCAUGGCUCACUUCGCGCCUUUUUCUGCGCUCAUAAGAUUAUCAGCUCGGGCGCAUACAGCAGAAGCGGAUCGCUGUAUAGCUCGCACUCACGUAUCAACUUCGGACUUUAGCAACAUUCUUUGUUAG